UGCCAUCUGGCCACACCAACUGCCUCCACGAGACGAGACUAGGCGAGAGACGCCAGCGAUUCCCCCUAUCCGAGUAGGCUGUCCGUUUUCCAGUUCCAGUUUGCCGCAUGUGCUGGCAGCGUCACAGCAGACACCUUGUUCGACAAUUGUUCGCAGCGACAGGCUCUAAAUUCCCAACGAAACAACGCCGAAGCGGCUGUAUAACCGAAUUCUACAGCGUUCGCACAAUCAACACACGUAGCAGCGACCGCAAGAUGACGACGGAACAGGUCACAUAUUUGGAUAUACCCGACAAGUCGGAGACGGACAAGAAGGUCUACAAAACUCUGCGAUUGGCCAAUGGCCUGCACGCUUUGAUCAUCUCCGAUCCCAGCCCUAUGCCCCACGACGGCUUCACCAGCUCCGAAUCGUCGACAGAGGACAAGUCCGCCGAGGGCGAGGGCGAUGGUGAGGAAUUUAGCUCCAGUUCGAAUGCCUCCAGCAGCGAAUCGAGCACCUCCACAUCCAGUUCCACGAACAGUGCCGGCAGCUCGGACUCGGACAGCGAGGAGGGCGAUGAGAAGCUGGCCGCCUGUGCUCUAAUGAUCGACUAUGGCUCGUUUGCAGAGCCAAGCAAAUACCAGGGACUGGCCCACUUCCUCGAGCACAUGAUCUUCAUGGGCUCCGAGAAGUAUCCCGAGGAGAAUAUCUUCGAUGCGCACAUCAAGAAAUGCGGCGGUUUCAGCAAUGCCAGCACCGACUGCGAGGAUACUGUCUUUUACUUUGAGGUGGCCGAGAAGCAUCUGGACUCCAGUUUGGAUUACUUUACGGCCUUGAUGAAGGCACCGCUGAUGAAGCAGGAGGCCAUGCAGCGCGAACGCAGUGCCGUGGACUCGGAGUUUCAGCAGAUCCAACAGGACGAUGAGACCAGGCGUGACCAGCUGCUAGCCAGUUUGGCCACCGAGGGUUUCCCCCACGGCACCUUUGCCUGGGGCAACAUGAAGUCGCUCAAGGAGAACGUGGACGAUGGGGAGCUGCACAAGCUGCUCCAUGAAAUCAGGCGAGAGCACUAUGGCGCCAAUAGAAUGUAUGUAUGCAUGCAGGCACGCCUGCCCAUCGAGGAGCUGGAGUCCCUGGUGGUUCGCCACUUUGCAGAGAUUCCACACAAUGAGAUCCGGGCCCCGGAUCUGAGCAAGUUCGAUUACCGCCAAGCCUUUAGGCCCGAGUUUCAUGAGCAGGUGUACUUUGUCAAGCCCGUGGAGAAUGAGUGCAAGCUGGAGCUAACCUGGGUGCUGCCGGAGGUCCAGCAGUAUUAUCGCAGCAAGCCUGAUCAGUUUCUGUCCUAUCUCCUGGGCUACGAGGGUCGUGGCAGCCUGUGUGCCUACCUGCGGCGACGCCUUUGGGCCUUGCAGCUGAUUGCCGGCAUCGAUGAGAAUGGCUUUGACAAGAAUUCGAUGUUUGCUCUGUUCAAUGUUUGCAUCUAUCUCACGGAGGAGGGUUUCCGCCAUCUGGAUGAGGUCUUGGCGGCCACCUUUGCCUAUGUCAAGCUAUUCUCCAAUUGCGGCUCCAUGAAAGCCGUGUACGAGGAGCAGCAGCGCAUCGAGGAGACCGGCUUUCGGUUUCAAGCCCAGCGUCCAGCCUUCGAUAAUGUCCAGGAUUUGGUUUUCAAUACAAAAUACUUUCCGCCCAAGGAUAUACUCACCGGCAAGGAGCUCUACUAUGAGUACAAUGAGCAGCAUCUCACCGAACUGAUUGCCCAUCUCAAUGAGUUCAAGUUCAAUCUGAUGGUCACAUCGCGGGACAAGUACGAGGGCGUGGCGGCCUACGACAAGCAGGAGCAGUGGUUUGGCACUGAAUAUGCCACCAUCCCCAUGCCGGAUAAAUGGAAGAAGCUCUGGGAGGAAUCAAAGCCGCUGGAGGAACUCUUUUUACCCGAACCAAAUCGUUUUGUUACCAAUGACUUUACCCUGUUCUGGAGCUCCUUUGGCAAGCAGGAACUGCCGGCGGCACCCAAGAAGCUGCUCAAGACGGACACCAGCGAACUGUGGUUCCGGCAGGAUGAUAAAUUUGAGCUACCAGAGGCCCACAUGGCCUUCUAUUUCAUCUCGCCGCUGCAGCGACAAAGUGCCAAAAACGAUGCCAUGUGCACCCUUUAUCAGGAGCUGGUCAAGUUCCAAGUGUGUGAGGAACUGUAUCCUGCCCUCAGUGCCGGCCUCAACUAUAGUUUUUAUGCCAUUGAGAAGGGCCUGCUGCUCAAGGUGAGCGGUUACAAUGAGAAGCUGCAUUUGAUUGUGGAGGCCAUUGCCGAGGGCAUGCUGCAUGUGGCCGAGACCCUGGACGAGAAGAUGCUGGAUGCUUUUCGUACCAAUCAGCGCAAGAUUUACUUCAACACGCUGAUCAAGCCGAAGCACCUGAACAGGGACGUUCGCCUGUGUGUGCUGGAGCAAAUUCGCUGGCUAAUGAUUGACAAGUACAAGUGCCUCAAUGAGAUCACCCUGGAGGAGCUGCGCGAUUUUGCCCGCCAGUUUCCCAAGGAGCUGUAUAUCCAGGCAUUAAUCCAGGGCAACUACACCGAGGAAUCUGCCCAUAAUGUACUCAACACAGUGCUAAGUCGCCUCAAUUGUCAGGCGAUCAAGGAGCGACGCUUUGUGGAGGAUCGUACAGUGCAAUUGCCGCUGGGCACCAAUGUGAUCCGUUGCCAUGCCCUCAACGAACAGGAUACCAACACGGUGAUCACAAACUUUUAUCAAAUUGGUCCGAAUACGGUGCGCGUGGAGAGCAUACUCGAUCUGAUGAUGAUGUUCGUGGACGAACCCCUGUUUGAUCAGUUGCGGACCAAGGAGCAGCUGGGGUAUCAUGUGGGGGCCACGGUGCGGAUUAACUAUGGCAUUGCCGGGUAUUCCAUAAUGGUUAACUCGCAGGAGACCAAGACGACGGCCCACUAUGCCGAGGGUCGUAUUGAGGCGUUCCGCACGAAAAUGUUGCAAAUUUUACGUCAAAUGCCGCAGGAUGAUUACGAUCACACCAGAGAUUCCCUGAUUAAGCUGAAGCUAGUGGCUGACAUGGCACUGAGCACGGAAGUGGCUCGUAAUUGGGAUGAGAUCAUCAACGAGGAUUAUCUAUUUGAUCGGCGUCGCCGUCAGGUUGAGGUGUUAAGAACGCUGCAAAAAUCAGAGAUUAUUGAUUUCCUACUCGAGGCGGAUACCAACAAUCUGCGUAAGCUGUCGGUUCAGGUGAUUGGGCAUCGACCGGCGGACAUGCCAGAGCCACUGCCAGGCUCUCACCUGGCCUGCAAUGCAGCUGAUGAGGAGGAGGAGGAUGAUAAUGAUGUGGCAGCCUGUGAUGCCAAAGGCAGUGGUGGCGAUAAGCCAGACCAGGCCGAGGGAGAUGAUGAAAUGGACGAGGACGAGGAUGAGGAGGAAGAUGGGGAAGAGGAUCAGGCCGACGAUGAGGAAGCUCUGUUUGCUGCUUUACAGAAUAAACUAAAUAUCGUUUUUCUGCCCAAUGUCGUUGACCAGCCGGAUGCCAUAAUGGACAUCAAUGAGUUCAAAAAGACCCUCGAGGUGUAUCCCAAGCGGAAGAGUCAGCUUGCGGAGGAAGAGGAUGAUCAGGCGCGUGUUGCCCGCAUCGAGGACGCUUUGGGCAGCGCGUGAGUUGCAACCAUCUCGCCAUAAAACCAACCCCACGACGUUCCGUUCAAUUAGCCAAAGCUAGAAGAUUUUAUUUCUUUAAAAAAAAAAAACACACGGAAAAACGGACUCGCUGACCAAGUCGGCGAUGUGCUCAGAAUUUUCAGAGGUCGGCAUGUUAUAUAUAUAUAUUUUUUUUUUUGUUUUGCACAACAAACACACACACACACGCGACAACUGACAAUGAAAUGCAUUUUGAUCUGCAAUCUGGAGUCUCGAAACUCGGUAUGUUUGUAUGCAUUUGUCUUUCGUACUGAUUUACUACACUAAUAAAAAUCAAAAUUGAAAGUA